AUGAUAUCUAUGCCAUUAACCGUAUCAAUUGAUGAUACUCGAACAAUUGAAUCGCCAAAUAGUGAUGAAAAAUUUACUGUUUAUCAAAUAACUGUUCGUGGUGGUUUAAAUCAUACAUCUCAUACAAUUGAUCGUCGUUAUCGUGAAUUCGAAGCAUUAAAUACACGUCUAUCUACAAAUAUAUCAGUUCCACAUUUACCACGUAAAGUUUUAUUACAUCGACGUAGUGCAAAAUUAAUUGAACAACGACGACAGCUACUUGAAAUCUAUUUAAAUGAAUUAUUACGACGAUGUCAACAACAAUCAAUAAUGCCUGAUGAAUUAGCACGUUUUAUACAAAUUCCACCUUAUGAUAAUGAAAAUCAUUUGAGUCGAAAAGAUCACCAGCAACAAUUAGAAGAACAAUUUAUGAAUAAUGAUCAGGAUGAGGAUGAAAUGAAAUAUGUACUUGAACAUGCACCAUGUAUUUCUAUAGGAGAUUAUUGUCCAUGGAAUAAUGAUAAUCGAGAAAUUCUUGCUGAUUCUGUUCUUUCUGGUAUAAUGCAUUCAAUGUAUGAUAUGUAA